AUGGUCUCCUCCAAGGACACUUGUUUCAUUUACCAUGAAAAACAAUCAAAAAUGCUGUGUGCGCUUCACGCCCUGAACAAUGUGUUGCAAGAUAAAAUAUUUUCAAAAUCUUCACUGGAUGAUAUUGCCAACACUCUGGCCCCAUCAAAAUUUGUCAAUCCCCACAGAAAUUUUUUUGGACUCGGUAACUACGAUGCAAACGUCCUGGUCCUUGCUUUGCAACAGUGCGGUUACGACAUUGUUUGGUGUGAUAAACGUAAAUCACUCAAGGACCAUCAUUUGAAUUUGAACAAUAUUCUCGGCUUCAUAUUGAACACUUUGUCUCGACGACACAUUCUCUCGUUUCCUCUGCCUUAUGCUGGCAGCCACUGGAUUGCAUUUAGGCACAUCACUGUGAACGGAAUUGGUCAGUAUUAUAAUUUGGAUUCGAAAUUACGGGCCCCGCUCCCAGUCGGAUCAACCGAUGAACAGUUUAUUGAUUAUUUGGAACAACGUUUGCGUGAAUAUCCAGAUACUCAGCUGUUGUUUGUCGUCUCCAGUGACGUACUCCAACAACGAUCAUGGACCCAAACUGGUCACGCACCCUAA